GCAAAUUUUAAAGAUGAAGCUGCAUCAUGUGAUUAUUUUGAUCCUCUGCCAAAACAGUGAAGUGAUCUCUGUCAAUAACACCCCGGCAAUCAUUCAGCAAACUGGAAUUAAGACGGCUAAAGUUGGAGAGACGGUGACUUUAAGCUGCUCCUGUAAACAUGACUCUGUAACUCACAUGUUUUGGUACCAGCAAAGCCUGGGUGGGAAGCCUCACAUGAUAUCAAAGCGGAUGAAGCAGAGCACAGAAGCUGAAAUUUCCCCUGCAUAUGAAAAAAGAUUUCAAGUUCUUGCACGGUCUGGAGGAAGUGUCAAUGAUCUCAUAAUCACAGAUCUUCUAGCCUUGGAUUCAGGGACAUAUUACUGUGUUGUUCUAAGAAUCGCUGUUAUUGAAUUUGGACAAGGAGUUUUCCUCCAUGUCAAGACGUCUCCAUCAGACACGCAGUCGUCCAUCCAUCAGCCAAAGCUGCAACGACUACGACCUGGUGAAUCUGUGAAUCUGAGCUGUAGUGUCUACGCUGAGCGCUGUGCCGAGGAGCCGGAUCUCUACUGGUUGAGACAUGAAGAGUUGCAACCGGCAGUCAUGUAUCCCAGUGACAGACACUGUACGAGUGCCUUAAAUGGAACAUUUAACGGUACAUAUUGCACUUCCAACCUUGAACUGCAUCUUGUCAGGUCUUCGGAUGCUGGGAUCUACCACUGUGCUCUGGCCUCUUGCGGGGUAGUGGUUUUUGGAGAGGGAACUAUGAUUGUGUCUUACCAAACAUAA